GGGCGUGAUCCUGGACCUUCAGCUGACAAGGCCCAGGGGCGGGGCCUCGUAAAGCUGAGAGGACGCUGGACCGAGUUCCGCUGCGUCUGCGGAGCAUGGCCCCUGGGCCGCCAGUCACACAGGGGCUCUUGAUGCUGCUGCCUCUCCUGCCGCUGUCGCAGGUGACGCUGGGUUCCGCGGACGGCAGCUGUGACCCCUCGGACCAGUGCCGCUGUCCCCGCAGGUGCCCGCCCCAGGCCCGCUGGAGUAGCCUAUGGCAUGUGGGGCUCAUCCUGCUUGCCAUACUCCUGAUGCUUCUGUGUGGGGUCACAGCCAGUUGUGUACGGUUCUGCUGCCUCAGGAAGCAGCCGCACACCCAGACACACAUGCCACCAGGAUGGCAGCCCUGUGACCUGACGGUCGUCCCUGUGGACAGUGACAGCCCCGCACACAGCACUGUGACCUCCUACAGCUCCGUGCAGUACCCACUGGGCAUGCGGUUGCCUCUGUCCUUCGGGGAGCCAGACCCUGAAUCCAUGGUCCCUCCCACCUACAGCCUGUAUGCCUCUGAGCUGCCACCCUCCUAUGACGAGGCUGUGAAGAUGCCAAAAGCCAGAGAGCAAGCAGUGACUCCCUCUGAGAAACCCAACUCACUGCCUGAGGUCUUGGGGCCCCAAGACCCAGGCCUCGGUGCCCAGCAGCCCUAGCUGUGCCCCUUUGAAAAGGGUAGGAGUUCUUUCUUCUGGAGCCACUAAACCACAGCCUGGAUUCUGGCACUGGGAACCAAGGACCCCACCUGUGCCAUCCUUCCCUCCCCCACCCCCGGGGAAGGCCAGCCAUCCAGCACAUUGCUGCAGACUCGGCCUCGUUGCUAUGCAAUGCCUGGCCGGCCAGCCUGCCCUGUAUUGGCCCCUGCCAUCCACCAGGGACCCAGCAGUCCCUCAGCCCAGAGGGGCCUGAACCUUGGGAGCCCAAGCCCCACCGGCAUGACAGUCCUUUGAGAAGAGAAUAAAGUUUAUGUGAACAUGG